AUGAUUUUUACAAAUAUUAACCAUUUUUGCCACAACAGGUCCGAAAUUGUCAUCUGUCUGGCCUUCUGUCUUGUACUUGAAAAAGGAUUAUGUUCAUAUCACGAUAGCGACUAUAUGAACCAUCUCAUUGACAAUCGGUUUGUAGCCGGGUUCCGACUUGAUGCUGCUAAGCACAUGUGGCCUGUCGACAUUAAGCGUGCGCUCUCCAGCACUGCUCCAGCUAGUCCACCCAAUGUCACCCUUCCGGCAGCGCUCUACGGUCAAGUCCCCUGCUUGAUGCCCUGGCUGGCUCUUCCGAAACCACUCUUCAGAUCCCAGAUACAGGUCGGUGUUUAUGUGGGUGCAGUCAUUAACCACAUGUGUGGAGGAGGAGGUGGUGAAGGAAAAAGCAGCACCUGUGGAAGUUACUACAACGCUAAUAAAAGAGACUUCCCAUCAGUUCCGUACUCUGCUUGGGAUUUUAAUGAUGCAAAAUGUGAUGCAAAUAUUGGUUCCUACCAGGAUGCGUAUCAGGUCAGAAAUUGUCAUCUGUCUGGCCUUCUGCAUCUUGUACUUGAAAAGGAUUAUGUUCAUAUCAAGAUAGCUGACUAUAUGAACCAUCUCAUUGACAUCGGUGUAGCAGGGUUCCGACUUGAUGCUGCUAAGCACAUGUGGCCUGGAGACAUUAAGGCAAUUUUGGAUAAACUGCGUAACCUAAAUACAAAAUGGUUCAGUCAAGGAAGCAGACCUUUCAUUUAUCAAGAGGUCAUUGAUCUGAGUGGUGAGGCAGUUAAAAGUAGUGAGCACUAUGGAAAUGGUCGUGUGACAGAAUUUAACUAUGGAGCAAAACUCGGCACAGUUAUCCGCCAGUGGAAUGGAGAGAAGAUGUCUUAUUUAAGGAACUGGGAAGAAGGCUGGGAUAUGGUGCCUUCUGACAGAGCCUUUGUGUUUGUGGACAACCAUGAUAAUCAGCUAGGACAUGGUGCUGGAAGAGCAUCCAUCUUGACAUUCUUGGAUGCGAGAAUGUAUAAAAUGGCUGUUGGAUUCAUGUUGGGUUAUGGAUUCACAAGAGUAAUGUCAAGUUACGGCUGGCAAAGAAAUUUCCAGGGUGGAAAAGCAAGUCUUGUAAUUGUUCAAAGUGUGGUUUAUUCUACAGAAGAAAGUGGUUCUGUGUUAGUUUAA